ACCACCGGGGAACGACCGAAGACCGCGAUUGAAGAUUGCACACCCAGGGGGAGGACGUAGCUGGGCUGAGACUGGGUUCUCGCUCGCGUACGGCGAUGAGAUUGGAGCAUCGUUGGUCUGAAAAAAGCCAGAUAUAUUGCAGCUAUCGACGACAAGGAGUACAGAGGCAAGACAAUAACAAGAAGCCUGAGAAGAGGAAGAGAUGUCGCCACGACAUGAAACUCCUCUCUACGUUAAGAAAGCGUGAUUGGAGCGAUUAAGGUGGCCUGACCAUCGAGUCCACCAGUAUUAACAGCCCUGCGUAUAGGUGCGAGCAGGACCCUGCCCUG